AUGGCUGAUAUUCCUCCCCCCACCUCAUCCGAGCUCUUACGAAUGGUGACCGAGCUUCAACAAGCAAACCAACGAAUGGCGGAGGAAAAUCAGAGAAUGCAGCAUCAAAUCGCGCAAUUAGUCAACGCUCGAAUAGAGCAUAACAAUGAUCACCAUGACCGAGAAGAAAACCAUGAGAGUCAAUCAGCGCCGACUCAUGUUUCUGAAACACCUCAGCACGAGGAAGAAGGGGCUCGUAGAACUGAAGAAACCCAACCAGACGCGGAGGAAGAGGAGCGCGACAACUCUGCCGGCCCGUUUACAGUCGAUAUAAUGAACUUUCAACUUCCCAAACAGUUCACCCUCCCGACGACUUUAACCCCGUAUGACGGGCUCGGAGAUCCAAAGCAGCAUAUCAAAAAAUUCCGAUCUAUUAUGAUCGUUAACGGUGCAUCCGACCCUAUUUUAUGCCGUUGUUUUCCAUCCUUUUUAGAUGGUCCUGCACUUGACUGGUUUUGCUUUUUGCCUGCAGAUUCGAUAUCGCGCUUCCAGGAGUUAGCCAAACAGUUCGAAGACCACUUCGCAGCAUCAGCAAUAUAUCUGCAUGAUUCUGACUACUUGACGACCAUCAAGCAAGGCCCACAAGAGAGCUUAAAGGAUUAUAUUACACGUUUUACAAAGGUCGCCAUGAGAAUCCCGGAUCUCCAUCCCGAAGUCCAUCUACAUGCCAUUAAAAGCGGCCUUCGUCCGGGCAAAUUUCAAGAGACAAUUGCCGUCGCUAAACCAAAAACCUUGGCCGAAUUUCGCGAGAAAGCCAAGGGACAGAUAGACGUCAAAGAGCUUCGACAAGCCCGAAAAGCAGAAAGGUCGAUCAACAGUAAGGAUGAUGAUAAACCCCGGGAUAGUAAGAAAGCCUUUAAACUAGUUCCCCGUUAUGAUUCAUACACCCAGUUCAACACAAAGCGAGAUGACAUUAUCAAGGAGAUACUCAAUUCCAAGUUAAUUAAGCCUCCCCGCAAGGCUGGCAACUACCCGGAAUCCAAGGGCAUUGAUAAAUCUAAAUAUUGCACCUUCCAUCAGAAGCACCGACACACAACCGAUGAUUGUGUGAUCGCCAAAGAUCUACUCGAACGUCUUGCAAGACAAGGCCACCUUGAUAAAUUUAUUGCAGGGCACAUGCAGAAGAAAGUAACCUCCACCUCUGACCCCUCCGCAGCAAGGCCUUCAUCAAAGGAAAAGGAUAAAACACCAGUCCAACCCAGAGGGAUUAUCAACUGUAUUUCGGGAGGAUAUGCUGGAGGCGGACACACAAGCUCAGCCCGAAAACGCACUUACAGGGCCAUGUUGACAGUCACAGAUGCCUUUAAAGGUCCUCAGCCGGUUCAGGACUUCCCAGAGAUGACUUUCCAUUCAACCGACUUUAGUCAUACUGAUACCAAUUAUGAUGAUCCAGUGGUAAUUUCUGUUCAAUUGGAGGACUUGAUAGUCCGCAAAGUACUACUCGAUCCUGGAAGCAGUGCCAACGUGUUAUUUUUUACCACGUUCGAAAAAAUGAACCUAAGCAGCAACAUUCUACAACCAUGCCAUGGAGACUUGAUAGGAUUUUCAGGAGAACGAGUCCCUGUUUUGGGUUCUGUGUGGUUACAAACCACACUCGGUGAGCAACCAUUAUUUAAGACGCAAGACAUUCAAUAUCUUGUAGUGGAGUGCUUUAGCCCUUAUAAUCUUAUAUUAGGUAGACCAUUCUUAAAUAGAUUUGCUGCAAUUGUAUCCACGGUUCACCUUUGUGUUAAGUUCCCUGUGCAGGAUAAUUUAGUAGCAACCAUCCAUGGCGACCUCCACGAAGCUCGGCAAUGUUAUAACACAAGGUUAAAGCCCAUCAAAAAGAAUAACACGGCGCAGGUCAAUUCCAUACAAUCCGAACAAAUAAGGUUGACCGAGCUUGAUCCAAGAGCCGACUUUGAAGAUCGGCCUAUGCCAAAUGAGGAAUUAACAAAAGUCGCACUGACUAAAGAUCCCAUGAAGUUCACUUUUGUGGGAGCAUCGAUCAGUACCGAAGAAAGAGAGUAA